AUGAUUACUAACAAUCAGGUUUACUCCGUGAGGACUCCAAUAUCUCAGGGCUGUGUGACCGCCAGCAGUGUAGCUAUUUUUAUCACAUGGCAACUUGGCCGUUGGCAGGAAUCAACAACCAGCUCAUUAUUCUAUCGUGUCCAUAAUAGCUCCACCGCUGGUUCUAUGGUUCUGCGGUCUACUUUACCGCCUACUUUUUGUACUUUACCCUGGACAACGGAAGCCCAUGUUAAUAAGACUAUCGGUCGCCAUCCCCCACAGGGAGGCGACACUCGCACGUACCGAGGUACCUCCCCUACGGUAAUUAGGUAA